GGAAUUUUAAGUCCCUUGCUUUCAUGAAGAGAUCUCAGUUUUUUGUUUUGUGUUUGGUUUUACCCCUCUGUAAGAUCAUUUGCCUGUGCUAGCAGUAUUACAAAUGUAGGAGACUCUAGAAAAUAUUCUCUCAGAUCAUCCAAAGAGCCUCUGAAGUAGACCACUCUGAAGAUGAAGCUUGAGUUCCCCGUUUUGCUCUGUAAGCGUCUCUUCUAGACCCACUUCAGGUACCACACAACGUGUUCCAUUCUUCCUAUGCAUUGCACAGCAACUCUGCCCUCUGGGAGAAGUAGACCUGCACCCUUCAUCCCAAGGUGAUCUUCUCUACAGCCUUCCUCAUUGAUGUGGAACUGAGUGAGUGCCAGGAAUCCCAUCUCAGUAGCCUUGGGGCACGGGCUGUCCUGUGUUCUUGAUCCCCAUGAGUCAAUCUUCAUGGCUCUCAGCUCCUGUGUUAUCAUCCAUCUUGCCUCAGGAACCCCCAUGCCUCCCCAUGGAUGCCACAUUCUGUGAUUUUAUGUUUUUCUUUCUUCUUCCUUGAUCACCCCCCCAAAAAAACCCCCCAAACCCCAGAGUCUUCUCCAUUGUCAAGCUAGGGUGGAACUCCAGGAUUCAAGCCAUCCUCCUGUCUCUGUUCACUAAGUAGCUGGGCCUUACUGAUACAUACUUCACCUGCCCUUGGUAGAUCUUAAAGGUCUUUGUGCCCUAGGAUCUAGCACAGUUUCUGGGCCCANCAGGGACUUGGGUAAUGUUUGUUAUCAAGUUAAGUAAUAGGUGAGUUAAGAAUAUAAAUACAUUUUGUUAGACUAUGGAUGAUGGUGAACCUAAGGAAUAGAGGAAGAUGGCUAUGCUAUGGAGUCAGUUAGGAAGGCCAAGGCCAAGAUGGAAUUAGGUAGCUGAGGACACUGCUUUAUCAUGUUCUUUCAGAGAGGAAAGUUCCCACCCACUUAGCCUAAGUUAGAAAGUGGUUCUACAGCCGACCACUCCUGGUAUUUUGCCCUUGGCAGAAAUCACUGUUGGAAGAGAUGACCAUGAGCCUGGGUCCUUUGUUCUUGGUCUUCAUGCUGGGUCUGGUUAUGAUCCCUCCAACUCUGGCUCAGGAUGACUCCAGAUACACAAAAUUCCUGACUCAGCACCAUGAUGCCAAGCCAAAGGGCAGGGACGACAGAUACUGCGAAUGUAUGAUGAAGAGAAGAAGCCUAACCUCACCUUGCAAAGAUGUCAACACCUUUAUCCAUGACAACAAGAGCAACAUCAAGGCCAUCUGUGGAGCGAAUGGAAGCCCUUACAGAGAGAACUCAAGAAUGAGCAAAUCUCCCUUCCAGGUCACCACUUGCAAGCACACAGGAGGGUCUCCCCGGCCUCCAUGCCAGUACCGAGCCUCUGCAGGGUUCAGACAUGUUGUUAUUGGCUGUCAGGAUGGCUAGCCUGUCCACUUUGAUGAGUCUUUUAUCAGUCCGUAGACAGCAGGCCCCUGUAACAGGCCUGGCUCUGUUUUCUUUUUAUCUCCCCUCACAGUCAUGAUCACUGGUUCAGCGUUCACUGUCAGUGGCCAGAAAAUGAAAAAUCUGAAACAUACGUCUCCUGAUUUGCAUUGCACAGAAAUAAAGAUGUCUCAAAAGCCAUUA